GGAGUGUCGGUGCAGUGGCUCGUCAGUCAGUCAGUAAACAGUAUCUUACUGGAACGAACGGACGGUGAUGAUGAAGAUGAUGCUGCUGCUUCUUCAGCUCGGCGGUCAUGUGACUUCUCAUGGAGGAUGGGCAGACAACGAUAAGCUAGCUUCUGGUGGACAGGAGGUCUGAGGUGAGGUGAGGGAUCAUGGGAGAUGGAGGACCCCUGCAGACUGAGGGGAACGCCCUCCUCAAAGCCGUCUUCCAGGGGAAGCUGAGGCUGACCCGCCUGUUGCUGGAGGGUGGUGCUUACAUCAACGAGGGUAAUGAGCGCGGAGAGACUCCAAUCUCUGCUGCCUGCUUAGCGAGCUAUGACGACUCACAGACCCGGCAGAGGAUGGUGAGGUACCUGCUGGAGAAAGGUGCCGAUCCAAACAUCCCCGACAAGAGUGGCAGGACAGCACUGAUGCACGCCUGUGCUGAGCAGGCAGGCAAGGAGGUGGUCUCACUCCUGCUGGAGAAUGGAGCUGACCCCAGCCUCAAAGACUACUCCGGCUCCUCCGCCCUCAUUCAUGCCAUCAACAAGGGAGACCGCGACACUCUGCAGGUGCUGCUGGAUGCCUGUAAGGCCAAAGGCAAGGAGGUGAUCAUCAUCACCACUGACACUUCUCCGUCAGGCACCAAGAAGACCAAGCAGUACCUCAACUCCCCCCCCUCACCAGGCAUCGUGGACAAGCUAUCUCCAGCCUGCAUGUCUCCUUCUGAGGUGGAGAUUGGCACCUCUUCACCAGCAGGAGACAAGAGCACAGACGAGGAGGGGAUCUUCAGCUUCGCACUCACCUCGGCUUUACCUUUACCUUCAGCUCGACCACCAGGAGAAAAGAGACCGCCACCACGCAAGCUGCUGAAGAGGCUGAACUCAGAGCCCUGGGGCCUGGUAGCGCCCUCUGUGCUGAGCGGGGUUCCUCAGGAGAGGGUUGACGGAGGUCUGCAGGAGGAGUGUCACUGUGACCUGAGUAGGAUGGUCACUGAGAUCAAUGGACUGUCCAUUGCAGAGCAGGUGAGACCUCUGUUGUCACGGCGACACAGCAUCGAGACCCACGACCCGUGUUCGCCCAAACUCAUUGACCGGUCCUGCUCUGAGGACUGUGCAGCUCUCUCUGGUUCCUCCUGGGCUGACAAAGUCCAGCAGCAUCAGAUCCUAUACCGCAGGAACACGGCCCCAGAGUCCCAGGAGAACACAGGGGGACCUGGGGCAGUUGUUGCUCGUGCCCUGGCUCACCCCAAACUAACCCGGAUGGAGCACUAUGAGUCAGACACCCACCUCUGUCCAGAGUCCAUCCCUGGAUCUCCAGACUCUGGUCGUGUGUCUGUGGAACGGAGGAGGUACAAUGCCUCCCCCCUCUCCUUGGUCACUAGCUCUUCCAGGGAGUCUCUGGAGAAUAUCCCCAACUCUGUGUCACCUAUCACCAUGCGCAGGCGUCCCCCAGGGCUCCUGGAGCGCCGGGGCUCUGGUACCCUCCUGCUGGACCACAUCUCCCACACCAGGCCUGGUUUCCUGCCCCCGCUCAACAUCAACCCCCAAAGACCCAUCCCCGACAUCCGUACCAAUGGCAGAGCCACCUCCCCCGUCCACUCUGGGCACAAGAUCCUUGUCCCUGUGGCUCCAGCUUCACCGAAACGGGGCACCGAUUUCAAGAUAAAGAAGAAGCUGAUGAGGAGACACUCAAUGCAGACGGAGCAGAUGAAGCAGCUCUCCACCUUCCAAGAGAUCCUGGCUGAGAAGGUCAUCGAGUCCAAUGGGGAUUGAUGACAGGGGGUGUCAGAGCAAGGCAUGAUGGGUAGCCACAGAGAUUUUGACGGUGGUGAUUUACUGAAAAAUGUACUACUGAAGCUCCUCAAUCAGAUCAUCACCCCACUGAUGGACUCUGUGACACAAGCCCUCAAAUCCCAACGUUUUGUCCCGUACAGCAUCUCUGACACAGUCAUGAGAAACCCUUCAGCAUCUGUGUGAGAGACAAAACGAUGGCAUUUGAGGACCUGUGAAUGAGAACAGGUUGGACACAUUUAAAACCAUAUUCUGGUCUUUCUGGAGGGCUGCACCAACAAGGAUUUUAUGAAACAGAGAGACAGAUUCAUUAAAGUGGUAACUUUACAAAACCAGUUCUAAAUUUGAAACUAUAAUCUCUGGUUCUGACAUUAGUUUAUUAAUGUGUAAAAAAAAGCAGAGGUGCUGCCUCAAAGAUGAAAGCUGAACAUGCUGUUGGUCCUUGAGCUUCACAACAGCACUGAACUCCAUGAAGUCCCUGAAAACCAUCAGGUCCGCCAACAGUGGCCUCUUAGCUAACCCAGAGUCUAGACAAAAGACCACAGAGCCUUCAGGUCCUAAGACUCCAUAACAAUCUGCCAGAAAAUCCACCCGGCUCAGUCUGCUGGGUUUCAAUCACUUCUCAAACGUUUACUGUAAAGCUCCUGCUGAGUUGAGUCCAGUUGCCUCUUCUAGAAACACAGAUGAUCUGUGAAGUACGACGCCAAAGUGAAACCAAAACAGCUUCCUGCUGUUACAGUUUAGACAUCGAAAUGAGGAAAAAACCAUCAAUCAUAAACAACUCAGCUGGGUCGUCUCUCUACAAAGUUAACGAGUUCUCAGAUAUAUGAGGUUAUUUUCUGUUUCUGAUGCAACACAGUAAAUCCAGCAUUUAUUAAUUUUCUCCUCUGAAAUAUUUAACUCCUUCUCAUCGUGUAUUUCUAAAAGUAGAAGUUUGCUGUUAAACUUCAAAGUUAGCGUUUUUCUGGGUGCAGCUCUCCUGUUUCCUCCGUAACGAACCACAGGCUCGUUUCCGUUUACAACACGUUCUUGAUGCUUCCUCUGAACCGUCAAUCAAUCAUCGAUCCGCUUCAGUCAAAAACCGAAUAUAAGCAGGAAUAAUGGGACUCGUUCGUUGUUUACAGAUGCACAAUUUGCACUGAAGUCGUGUCAUUUUUCUCAUGUUGACGGGUGAAAACCUGAACCUUCUGAUGAACCAGGUCUCAACCUGAGGCUCUGAAAACAAACUUCAUUAAUGAAGCUGACGUGUUU